AUGCAAGGUCUAUCUUUCCCGGGAUCGCCUGGCCAGCCUGCGGUCUCUGGUCAGGGCAGUGAGGACAGCGAAGGGCUCUCCCCUGGCCUCCCUCUCCCAACUCCUGGGAAAGAUGGUAUCUUGCAUCGGCAUAGUUCCCUGGGCCCGUCUCCACUGCAGGCCCCUGCAGUGGUUCCUCCUCCCUUACCAGAAACAGGGGCUGGGGUCCUCCCAUCGAAUUGUCCACCUUCCCCCCAAAGUGCUCAGGUCCUUCGAUUGGUGGAACUCGGGGGCCCUCCUCCAGGGGAGGGAGUUCAGGGAACAGCAGUGUCUGGUCCUGACUACAGACGCCAGCCUUCACAGCUGGGGGGCCCACCUUUCCUCUUCCCUUGCUCAAGGUCGCUGGACUCGAGCGGAUUUAGAGCACAACAUAAACUGGUUGGAGCUCCGGGCCAUCCACCUGGCCCUUCGGGUCUUUGCCCACAAGGUACAGGGCAGGCAUGUCCUCGUCAGGACGGACAACGUGGCCGCCAAAGCCCACGUAAACCGCCUAGGAGGGACCCGCUCUCGACACCUCAUGGAGGAGGCCGAGAGACUGGGCUCCUGGGCGGAGACACACCUCAAAUCUUUGAAGGCAGCACACAUCUCCGGUCUCCAGAAUUCUCAGGCGGAUUGGCUGAGCAGGGCCACAGUGGACCCCGGGGAGUGGUCUCUGGACCCUCGGCUUUUUGCGGAGAUCACUUCCCUGAUGGGGUCUCCAGUCCUGGACCUUUUCGCCACACAGUCCAAUCGGCAGACCCAGAGGUUCUUUUCACGGUUUCCGGAGCCAGGAGCGGAGGCAGUGGACGCUCUCCACAGCGCAUGGCCCCCCGGCCUUCUGUAUGCCUUCCCUCCACUCCCAGUCAUUGCCAAAGUCAUCAGGAAGAUGCUACAGGAGAAGGCGGAACUGCUGCUCAUCGCCCCCCAUUGGCCCCGCCGGCCUUGGUUCGCGGAUCUGAUGGCCCUCUCGGUUCGGCCUCCAUGGCGUCUUCCUCCGGACAGAGUCGUCCUCCGUCAAGAGUCUCUUCUUCAUCCGGACACCGCAUGGCUACAACUAACCGCCUGGCGAUUGAGCGGCGUCUACUGAGUUCCCGUUGUCUUCCGCCCAGUGUCGUAGCGACUAUCCAGGCAGCUCGUAGGCCCUCAACCACCCGGAUCUACGACUCCACCUGGAGGGCUUUUUCGUCUUGGUGCGACAGACAUUCCAUCGCCUCUACGGCGGCCUCCACGGAGCAGGUCCUCAUCUAUCUUCAGGAUCGACUUGACUCAGGUUUGGCUCCCAACACACUCCGCAGGCAAGUAGCGGCAAUUUCCUCCAUUCUUUGCUGUGGUUCACGGGGUUCCCUAGCCUCCCGCCCACUUAUUCGGCAAUUUCUCAGGGGAGCCUCCAACCUUCAGCCUGCUCCUCUCCAUAGAUAUCCCACCUGGGAUCUUCCUCGGGUCCUGGAUGCCCUAACCAGGGCCCCGUUUGAGCCCCUUAGGGAAGUAGGAUUACGGUUCCUUUCGUAUAAGGUAGCCUUCCUUCUGGCCAUCACAUCGGCCAGGAGGGUGUCGGACUUGGCGGCCCUCUCAGCCCGAGAGGACCUUUGUAUUUUCCACCCCGACAGGGUGGUUCUCAGAUUGGACCCUACCUUUCUGCCCAAGAUCAAUUCCCCUUACCAUAGGGCCCUGGAAUUAGUCCUUCCCGACUUCUGCCCUCAUCCUACCCAUCCCCUUGAAAGGGCUUGGCAUACUCUGGAUGUCAGAAGGGCCCUCCGCAUUUACCUGCGACGUACCUCUUCUCUGCGCCAGACCGAAGCCCUCCUGGUUUCCUUUCAGCCAUCUUCCUUGGGCAGGAAGAUUUCGGCGGCCACUCUGGGUCGUUGGAUCCGCGCCACCAUCGCAAAGGCUUACGAGGUCCUCUCCAUCCCGGUCCCUCGCCGUAUCACGGCUCACUCUACCCGUAGUGCGGCCACUUCGGUCGCCUGGGCCACUCAGGCUUCCUUGGAGGAAAUCUGCAGGGCCGCCGCCUGGGCGUCCCCCACUCCCUUUAUUAGACACUAUCGUCUUGAUUGGUUUGCCUCGGCCGAGGCGGCCUUCGGGCGCAGGGUCCUCCAACAGGUUCACCUGGGAACUUCCCCACCCUCUCGGGCAGGUCCCUCUCUACGAAGUUAGGCUUGGGUAUGUCCCAAUCCUGACCACUGGAGCCAGGAUCAACGAGAAUGGGCGUUGACUUACCUGAACGCUUCUUCUCGUUGUUCUGGCUCCAGUGGUCAGCCCCACCCUGUUGGUGCCCUCGUUGGUGGAGAGGAUUCUGUGGAUCUUUCUUUCUUUAUCUUACAGCUCAAAGUGCCUGUCUGUGUUGCUGUCUUUCAUCAGAAAGCUGGGAGGCAAGACAAAGGGGAGGAGCUUCUCAGCUUUGCAGACUCAAUCAAUAACUGGAGCGUGUCACUACCCAAUCCUGACCACUGGAGCCAGAACAACGAGAAGAAGCGUUCAGCAUAUCUAGGGGGAAAAAAAACUUGCUCCAGGAAUUUACCUCUUUGCAGCUAGCUCUUUGAAGCCCCGCGGCAAGAAUUUAAAGUUUUUUUUCCCUCUAGCCAUCAGCUGGGACUCCGGAGGCAGCAAUAGAUUGGGAGU